AUGGCGUGGGCUGGCCGCCCAACGUCAUGUCUUGAUGACGAAGUUCCGAGACGUAGAGCUGUUAAUGUCAUUUUGGAAAAGGAAUGUAACAUAAUGAAGCGCGCAAAGGUUCUUAUAGAAUCUUGUAACACCGAGCGAAAAACUUUAGGUGUAACACAAACCGUACGAAAUACGGAACUGCCAAGAGUUGUUCUGAAAGAUUUGCCCGAUGAUGUAGACCAAGAGGAUAUAGAAAUGGUGUUAUAUAGCACCAAACGUGUUGGAAAUAUAGAAGUGGUUGACAUUGACUACAAUGAGAAGGAUUCCUUGGCUAUUGUGACUCUAGGAAAUCAGAAGUGUGCUUUAUUUGUUGUCAAUCGGAGUCCAAUGAAAAUGCACGGAAGCGAAUUACUACUCAGAAGGCUGCCGAUAGAUGAAAUAAUGGGUUCAGACGUAGUUAUAGCUGAUAAUGGAAUCGGUAAAGAACAAACACAACUUCUUGUGGAAGAUAUUCCUGAAGAUGUUGACAAGGAAUUUGUAGAGAUGUUCUUCGAAUCAAGAAGAUUCAAGUCCUGCGAGGUGAUUGCUGUCGAUUUCGACGAGAAAGAUAGAAACGCUGUCGUCCGAUUUGCAAAACCAGAAGAUGCACAGAUGGUAUUGGAAUCGCGUCCACUUUGCCUGAGAAACCAGGAAUUGUCGGUUCAAAUAUACGUACCCAAGCCCCUGGACACGAUAGUGAUUAAAGGGCCACCCGACGUUGUCAAUGCGAGCUCUUUGGACAUAUUAGAGCUGUAUUUUGACAACGAGAACAGAUCUGGAGGUUGCGGUAUCGUAGAAAACAAAACUACAUUUGACUCUGAAAACAACAUUGCGUUUGUAACAUUUAAAGAUGAAAGGGGUAAGUCCAUACAUAAUUAAAAUUCAUGAAACUAUUUCACCAUAGCGUCAAAAGGCAUUUGGCAUAUAUACAUAUGAUAUCCGUCAAAAUUCAUUAAGUGGAUUUGAACAUUCGAA